AUGUCUUCUUCUUCGCUUAUGAUGUCUUGUUUGUUUCUGUUAUUGUGUUUGUUGUGUGAAGGCAGGGAGAUUCUAGUGGGAGGCAAGUCUAACACAUGGAAGGUUCCAGAGUCUACAGAAGAAACACUAAACAGUUGGUCAGAAAGAACAAGAUUCAAAAUUGGAGACUCUCUCUUGUGGAAGUACAAUGCGGAGAAUGACUCAGUGAUGCAAGUGAGUCAAAAAGAUUACGAGAGAUGCGACAGAUCAGAGCCUAUAAUAGGAUACAAAGAUGGUCACACAAAGGUAGAGCUAAACAGAUCAGGUCCUUUUUACUUCAUCAGUGGCGAAGACGGGCAUUGCCAUAGAGGAGAGAAGCUUCAUGUUGUGGUCUUGUCUCCAAAUCACAACAGAAGCUAUGCAGCUGAUGCUCCUCCUUUAACCUCUCCGGACACAAAAGACAAGGGAAGUAGUGAUCAUGUUCUGAUCAACCAAGCACAAAGAUCCGUUGCAACUGCUUGUUUCCUUGCUCUUCUUCAUAUUCCAUUAGCCUUUUUGGUUUAGUCUUGUUACC